CCUUAGUGAUUGUUAGCCUGAUUAGUUACAGCUGGCAGUAGUUAGUUACUAGUUUGUUAGAUUGCUAAGUGCAGUAUAAAUGCACAUGUACUCAUACGUUUUCAUUUGAGAAGUUUUAUUCAAGUAAACAAGUUCUGUUUUUCUUCUCCGCCAUUGAUGCUCACUUUAGGGCUUGUAAUUGGAUCGUCAAUUGCUGCGUUUUGAUAUGGUAUCAGAGCCAUUGUCGCUUACUUCCAGUUUGUAAGUCUGUUCGUUCCCUAUAUUCGAUUAACGUCGAUUUUUGUAUUGCUUUACUUGCUUCCGCUGAUCCUACAAUGGCUGUUUCUCUCGAUGAACCUGCGUCUUCUUCUGCUUCCACUGUUGCUGGUUCUAUUGAUCCAAACAAUCCUCUAUACGUGCAUCCCUCAGAUAGCCCUGCACUAAUGCUUGUUCCCGUUCCUUUUGAUGGAAUGGGAUAUCGAUCCUGGAGAAGGAGCAUCAUGCGAUCUCUCUCAGUGAAAAACAAAUUAGGCUUUAUUAAUGGUGAUUUCUCAAAGCCUACUGCGAAUUCUCCUCAAUUGCGUCUUUGGCAAAGAUGCGAUGAUAUGGUCACAUCGUGGAUCCUCAAUUCUCUUGCUAAAGAUAUCGCAGAUAGCGUUGAAUACGUUACUGAUUCGGUUGAAUUGUGGAAGGAAUUGGAGGAUCGAUAUGAUCAAACUAAUGGCGCGAAGUUAUACCAAAUUCAGAAAGAGAUUAAUGAUCUAACUCAGGGUGUUCUGGACAUUACUUCUUACUAUACUAAAAUGAAGAGAUUGUGGGAGGAACUUAGUAAUCUAAAUGCCAACAAUCAGUGCACCUGCACAUGUCUCUGUGGAGCCAAGGAUGGUACACACAAAGCUGAACAAGACAGGCGUUUGAUUCAGUUUCUAAUGGGCCUUAAUGAGGUUUACACCGUUAUCAGGGGCAGUGUCCUCAUGAUGAGUCCUUUGCCUUCAAUGGCACAAGCCUUUUCCAUCUUAAUACAGGAAGAAAAACAAAGGGAAUUUAAGCCAAAAGGCCAGAUGUUGAUGGAAUCUGUUUCCUUGAAUGCAGGAAGUCACUCUACAGGGAAUUACUCUGCUGGUGCAGGCCCUUCAAACUCAAAAGGUUUUAAAACUAACUAUUCUGCAGGAGGCAGCAGUAGCAUGACUAGUACAAGCAAGUCAAAUUUGUUCUGUGACCAUUGCAAGAGGUCAGGACACAUCAUGGCAAAGUGCUACAAGCUGCAUGGAUAUCCUCAGGAUACUCAGAAUCAGACCUAUGGCAGGAAUGGAUACAACAAUAGCAAUGAGUAUAGAAACCCUCUAAGGCAGAAUCAAAGCAACUAUCCCAGGUUUAACAAAGGAAAAAGGGUAGCAGCUAAUGUUCAUGGAUCUGAUGUGUUUUCUAGAAAUGAUGAAUACAUUGACAAAGGAAAUCAGCCUAUGAGCCUCACCAGGGAGCAAUAUGGGCAUGUGAUGAAUUUGCUUCAACACUUUCAUGGUGGAGAAGCCUCCAGUAGCAGUAAUAAUCCCACAGAAGGAGCAGUAGACCUUGCAGGCCCCUUCACUGAAGAGGCCUCAGGUAAUUGGUAACAACAAGGAUGGACUUUAUUUCCUGUGCACAAAGUGUCUCAAGACUGAUUCCCAGCCUGAACAUUGCUCUUCUAAGCUUGAGAGUUGCUCUU